GCACAACCAGGCAGCCCAAGGAGGGAGAAGUCCCGGGGGUGGAUUAUAAUUUCGUGACCGUUGACCGGUUUAUGGAAUUGGAGAAAAGCGGAGCCCUGCUAGAGAGCGGAACAUAUGAAGAAAACUUCUACGGUACCCCGAAGCCUCCGGCCGAGCCCAGCGCUCUGCUGCUAAAUGUAACGGAUCAGCUGCUGCCGGGCGCCAGACCCAGCUCCGAGGGCAAGAGGAAGCGUAACAAGUCAGUCAGCAACAUGGAGAAGGCCAGCAUCGAGCCCCCCGAGGAGGAGGAGGAGGAGAGACCCAUCGUCAAUGGAAACGGCGUCGCCGUCACCCCAGAGUCGAGUGAGCAUGAGGACAAGAGCACAGACGCUUCGGGAGACAUCGGCCCCCCGAGCCACCCCGCGGAGGCCCCGACAGAGGCGCUCAAAGAGGACGGACUGUCCCCGAAAUUCACGGCACCCAAACCCGACGAGAACGACGAGCUUGGGCCGCUGCCGGACAACUGGGAGAUGGCGUACACCGAGAAAGGAGAAGUGUACUUCAUAGACCACAACACCAAGACGACAUCGUGGCUGGACCCGAGGCUCGCCAAGAAGGCAAAGCCGCCCGAGGAAUGCAAAGAGGAUGAGCUUCCUUAUGGCUGGGAGAAAAUCGAUGACCCCAUUUACGGCAGCUACUAUGUCGAUCAUAUAAACAGAAGGACCCAGUUUGAGAACCCCGUCCUCGAGGCUAAAAGGAGACUCCAGCAGCAGCAGCAGAUGCAAAACCAGGGUCUGUCCUCACUGCCCCUUCCCACCAUCUACAGAGAGAAGCCGCUGUUCACUCGGGACCCCACACAGCUUAAAGGCAGUUUCCUGUCCACAUCACUCCAAAAGAGCAACAUGGGGUUUGGCUUCACCAUUAUCGGAGGCGACGAGCCCGACGAGUUCCUCCAGGUCAAGAGUGUUAUCCCCGAUGGGCCCGCUGCAGCUGACGGGAAGAUGGCCACAGGUGAUGUCAUCGUCUACAUCAAUGACGUGUGUGUCCUGGGCACCACCCACGCCGACGUGGUCAAACUGUUCCAGUCCGUUCCAAUUGGUCAGAGCGUCACCCUCGUCUUGUGCCGCGGCUACCCGUUGCCCUACGACCCGGAGGAAGCCGGAAACGCCAACAACAACACCACCACCACCAUCAUCUCCCCGCUGGGCAUCAUGGAGCAGCGGCCCAUCAUGGUGAACGGCAGGACUGGCUACGACAACUACCUGGACUAUUUAUCCCGCACCGCGCGCUACGUCAGCGACCCCAGCCAGGAACAGGUCAACGCCCAGCAGCAGCUGCUCACCCCUCAUCCCGGUGACACCCACUUGGACGGCUCGCUUCCUCCCACCACCGGGACCACGCCUCCCGACAGCGUCUCCAUGGCAUCGUCGGGGGCGACCCAAGGGGAACUGCUUACCCUGACCAUGGUGAAGGGAGUGGAUGGUUUUGGAUUCACCAUCGCGGACAGUUCUACGGGCCAGCGGGUCAAACAGGUGCUGGAGCCUCAGGGUUGCCCUGGUCUGUGCGAGGGCGACCUGAUUGUGGAGAUUAACAAGCAACUGGUGCAGGGAUUCACUCACACACAGGUGGUGGAGCUUCUUAAGGAGUGUGCGGUGGGAGCCGAGACCUGCCUUGUGAUCCAGAGAGGUGGAACAGGUCACUAUUCACCCUGGAAGACCCCUAAGCAGGUUCUGGAUCAGUGGGAGUGCCAGCAGGGCCAGAGCAGCCCCGCUCAGACCAGCCUGUCAGCCCCCGUUAUCCCCCACAACGCCCCCUUCCCAACACACCAUCUCCACAGGGCCUCGGUCCCAGACUCAGCCUCCGAGGCCUUGGCCCUGGCUAAACCAGACCCUUAUGAUCUUUAUGAGAAGUCCAGGACUGUCUAUGAGAGUAGGCAACCAGGCCAACCAAGGACUGUAUUUCCUGUCGACUCUUCAGGUUCAGGGGCAGAGUACCAGGACAUCGAGGUGAACCUGCGCAGACAGAAGUCUGGUUUUGGUUUCCGGGUGCUGGGCGGGGACGAGGCCGGGCAGCCUGUGAGUCCGGAGACGCGUGAGAAGAUCCUGAUUGGUGCGAUCAUCGAGAAGAGUCCGGCAGACCUGGACGGACGUUUACGACCCGGUGACGAGCUGCUGUUUGUGGACGGGAUCCCGGUGGUGGGGAAACCUCACAGAUACGUUAUCGACCUGAUGCACGGUGCGGCAAGAAACGGACAGGUCAACCUGGUCAUCAGGAGGAGGAUGCAGGCAGCAGGUGAGUCCUGUCCGGAGAACGGCCGCAGCUCCGGCUCCGUCUCCACGCAGCACAGCUCCCCCCGCAGUGACUUCACAUACGGCAACAGCACCGUCACCGCCCAGGCGCCCAACGCCACUUCAGACAGGACGUCCACCCCCAACACACAACCCAGCGACGUCGUCAUCAACCGCAAGGAGAGCGAAGGCUUCGGUUUCGUCAUCAUCAGCUCGCUCAAUCGUCCCGAGGCCGCGGCCACCAACACCGUGCCCCAUAAAAUCGGCCGCAUCAUCGAGGGCAGCCCAGCCGACCGCUGCGGGAAACUGAAGGUGGGGGACAGGAUCCUGGCGGUGAACAGCCAGAGCAUCGUCAACAUGCCGCACGCCGACAUCGUUAAGCUGAUCAAAGACGCGGGCCUCAGCGUCACCCUGAGGAUCAUCCCGCAGGAAGAAAUCAGCAACCCCCCCUCAGCCCACAGCUCGGAGAAGCAAAGCCCCCUCGCCCAGCAGCACAGCCCCAAGAACCAGCCGAGCAACGCCGCCACUCAGCCCAACGCCGCGGUGACGGAUUCAAACCCUCCCGUUAACCAGCCGAACCCUGUCCCACACCAGAGCCCCGGGACCCAGCUGCCUGCCCCGCCUCCGCAGACCUACCCCCACGAGAGCAGUUACAGGUCCGAGGUCAAAGCGAGGCAAGAUGUAAAACCAGAUAUCAGACAGCCGCCGUUCACAGACUACAGGCAGCCGCCCGUGGAUUACAGGCAUCCUCCCGUGGCGGACUACAGGCAGCCCCCCACGCUGGACUACAGACACCCGCCGCUGCUCGACUACAGGCAGCUAGCGCCCGACGCCAGGCAGUUCACCAUCCCAGAUUACAGGAUGCCACCAGUUCAACUCGCACAGGACUUUGACUUCUUCACCGUGGAGCUGGAGAAAAGCGUGAAAGGCUUCGGUUUCAGCAUCCGCGGUGGGCGGGAGUACAAGAUGGACCUGUUUGUCCUUCGACUGGCCGAGGACGGACCGGCCAUCCGCAACGGCAGGAUGAGGGUUGGGGACCAAAUCAUUGAGAUCAAUGGAGAAACCACCCGAGACAUGACCCACGCCAGGGCCAUCGAGCUGAUCAAGUCUGGAGGCAGGCGGGUUCGUCUUCUGCUAAAGAGGGGGACGGGGCAGGUCCCAGAGUACGAUAAUGCCGCCCCAUGGGAUGCUCGCCCUUCAGCCUCCCCAAGCCUGUCGGAAGUAGCCCCUCCCAUCGACAGCCUUUCCAUGCCAUCGCCUUCAUCUCAUCUGGCCCAGGCCCCCGACCAACCUCUGGAAGUCCCUCGAGACCUGGCGGCGGGAGACAGCAGGAAGGAGCGUCCCAAGAGCCCCCAGAAGGCCGAGCUCCCGGGUCCAGAUCCGAUCGGCGGCAGAGCCAAGAAAGAGGGUGGCAGGUCCACCCACAAGGGGCAAAGGGUGCAGCCUGCUCCGGAGGGGGAAGGGGGCAAAGACAGAGCUGAGAGCGGGGAGCCCAAACCUUCCAGGAGCACCAGAGGGAGGUCCAAGGAGAGGAAUCCUCGCGAUGACAAAGAAUCCGCUCACUCUCCCAGCGUCCAAAAGCUCCCGCACACUAACGGUAACGGGAGGGAGGACUUGGAGUCGGACAGGAGCCUCGGAGAGAGCCGACCCAACAAGAGCACCAGCAGCGGGGGCAACGUAGCUGGGAGGAAGGCCACGGUCUCUCCCGGGCCUUGGAAGAUCCCCGGGUCGGACAAGCUGCCGAGCACACUGCGCACGGGGACGUCCACGCUGAGCAGAUAACACCGCGGCUCCAGCAGGAAAACAAGUGAGACCACCCUCCAACUUUCUGUGCUCCUUUAAGCCUACAUUGACCACUUUUUGACCCCAUUUUGACCCCAUUCUCCGAAAACACCAAACAGUCAAAACCAAGGGGGAGGCAGGGUGAUCUGGACCACGUGUUUUUAGAGUUUUAUUUAUGAAACUGUACUCUAAAUUAUUACCAGAGAGAUUCUACACCCACCACCUUAAGAACUGGAAAUGAAUCAUCCACCUUCUUUUUAAAAAAAAAAAAAUAUGGAAGAUCAAGUAGUGUGUGUGUGUGUGUGUGCGUGUGUGUGCGUGUGUGUGCGUGCGCGUGCGUGCGUGCGUGCGUGCGUGCAGCAUGAGGGGAAAAUCAUUCGGGGGUUCAAAAACUUUGAAGACUAUUUUGGAAUCCUCCCAAAGCAGAACUGGGUGGCAAACAUGCAAAUAUGAACAAGUGACAGGAUGCAACUGUCUGAUUUUUUUUUCUACAAAUAUAUCUUCACGGUGGAGUCUGUUCUAUGAAGCGGAAUGUUUAAAGGAUGAUUUGCCUGUUUUGUUUUUUUGUUUUUGUUCUUUGACGAGAUCGAAUGGAAGAAAGAGUGAAAUCGGAGAUGAAAUCUAGUCAUCAACAGAACUUUGCCUUAAGACUGUGCGGGCCUGAAUCUGUCUUGAAAUAAUCUAUCAGAUGAUUAUAGACAUAGAUAUAUUAUAAUGAAUAUGAAUAUGUGGGAUCAUUUUGUAAAUAAGAUCAUCUUUAAAGUGAACUCAACCUUAGUAGAGACGAUCAAUAUUCUAAUCCGUGCUGAGAGGAACAACAUGGACCAGAACUUUCACCAAUACAACUUCAACUUCUCUCCCCACCCCCUGUGACUGCAUCACGGGGUCUCGACUGAACGGUCUAUUUGUGCUAGAAUCCUCCCCGAGUUUUGUCGGGGAUGUCAUGUCAAUCAGUUUUGUCUCAUUUCUGUGCUCAAAGAGGUCGGCGACAGUGGCGUCCAGAGGAGGAGCUUGCACGAGGGGCAGAGUGCCUUAGACUGACAGAGAGGUCCAAAACACUAGAAGAGGGUUUGAAACAGGCUGCUAUACAACUUUCACUUUACACAUAUAAAGGAUAAACUGUAUUUUUUCAUAUACCAGUGAGAAAAAAGGUGAAAUAUAUAAUUUAUUUCACAAGCUUACGUAUGAAAAUAAGUCUAUUAACAGAAGCGUCUUUAUUUGUACAAGAGGUUCGGUUUGGGUCACGGUACUUUCUGUUACUGAUUUCAUAACGAGGUCUGACACUCGUGAUUUGCUACUUUUGCAAUCGGCUGUUGACUCGUUGAAUGAAGUGAAUCUCACUUGUCAUUUUGCUCCUCUAACAAUCUGCAGCCUGACUGAGUGAUUAAAUGAAGGAUUUGAAAAUGGAGACGUAUUUUCUACACGCGGGCGGAGGAGAAGGCUGCACCUGCCACAGCCACUUCCAGCUGCUGAUUUGAUUUGUUGGAGUUGAUUCUGUCGACACUGUGUGAUAAUAACACGUUCAUCUCCAUGCCAAAGCUCCCCUUUCAUUUUCAUUUGUUUCAUCAGACACUUUUUAGCCCCCCUUCCCCCAGACUUUGAAAUAAUGGGUACCAGACUCCAGGUAACUAAAGAAAACUCAAAUUUCAUGUGGAAUAUAAAUUAUUAUGUCAGAGAAGAAGACAGCUCAGCCCCGAGAACAACAAAGCAAAAUAAAGCCCCAAAACAUGGAUUUUAGAUUUCUCUGACCAGAGGUAGCAAACGCUGCCUUCAUACUGCAUCGUUCAUGUUCAUGCGCUCCUUUAUUUAGUAACUUUACGUUUGGAUCAGAAAAAAAAAAGUGCAUAUUUUUUGCUCAGCCUUUGCACAAAUCACUGCUUGCCACAUCUGAGCUGUCUCCAUCGAGCCAAAACUGUAAGUACUUUUCUACAGAAAGCAAAAAAAAAAGAAGAAAAAAACACAUCUAAAGGUUCUUAUUUUAUAUUGUCCAUUGUGUGUGUGUGUGUGUGUGUGUGCGUGUGUGUGUGCGUGCGUGUGUGUGUGUGCGGCACCAUAAACUCGAACCCAAACGGCUCAGUAUCACUGUGUAUGUCCUAGCAGUGUGUAGACCCUGAACAAAUAUCUCUAUAAAUAUGACUCAGUGUACUAUUCAUGGUCACAAAGACUCUAAGUGGAGCAACUAUUUUUAUGAAAUGCAACACUAUGGAUAUAUUAACUUUUGCAGAAAUCUUGUUUACCUGUAUGAUAUCCUGAAAACGCUGUCAAAAAUAAAAGAUGAAAUCAUGACAGAUUUA